GCUUAUACAUACAAAAUCCAUAUACUCACAUUUUUAUCUCUCUGUAUCAGUAUUUCUCUCUCUACGAAUGAAAUGAAGGAGCUCUUCCGUGGUUCGCGAGGGAAUAUAACGCCUUUUAGAUGACGUCGCCGUUUUCCGCCGUCAUCGCCGCCGCACUAUGGUUAUUGCUCUCCGCCGUGUUUUCUCCUCCGCCGUCUGUUUACGGCCUGGGCGGCUUUGUCGAUACUCUCGCUGUUGUCUACGGCGCAGCUACCACCGUUUGUUCGAUAGCUGCGGGGGGAUCCCUUCAACAAAUUCAAUGCUGGAGGAACGGUCAAUUGCUGUCGCCAAUAUCCCCUGCAAUUUCCGUUGACGUCGUCGCCGGUGGCCGCGACACACUCUGCGGCGUUAGGUCCGGUGGAUUCACCCUCCUCUGCUGGGACGAUAACUUUAUUUCUAAGAGGAUUUACCAAAACGCUUCGGUGCCGUUAACGUCUCUAACAAUCGGCGACGCUCAAAUUUGUGCGCUGAGGAGAGCCAGUGGUGGGGAGAAUGCCUAUUGCUGGCGAGGAGACAAUGUUUCAUCCGCCGAAUUUCAAAUCAGGAGCUCUGAUUUUCGCGUGAUUUCAUCUGGAUUGGAGAUUUCCUGCGGAGUGGUGGAAAAGAACAGUCAGGUAUUAUGUUGGGGAGACGAUGUGCUCUCUCCUUGGCUUCAAUUUCAGUUUGCGAAUAUAUCUAUGGGGAAUAUUCAUGUCGGGGGAAGGCAUGCUUGUGGAAUCGAUAAUUCAGGAUUGGUAAUCUGCAAAGGCGACAACAGCAGUAAUCAAUUGAAUGUGCCUUCAAAUUCCGCAUACGAGUACAGAGCCCUAGCACUCGGAGCAAACCACAGCUGUGCGAUUCGAAGAUUGAAUCACACAGUGGUUUGUUGGGGUGGAGACGGUGACUUUUCGAGUAACAUUACCGAUGGUGUUCCAUUUGAGUACAUUGUGGCAGGGUUGAAUUUCACUUGUGGAUUGACCACAAGCAAUUUUUCAGUGAUGUGUUGGGGCCCUGGUUGGCCUGAUCAGUAUCCUUCUUUGCUGCCUCUGCAGAGGACUCUUCCAGGCGCCUGUGUCGAUUCCAGUGCUUCUUGUCCCUGUAAUAUAUAUCCCGAUUCUGAUUCACUUUGUUCUGGGAAUGGCCAUAUUUGCAGGCCUUGUGAUAUGCCGAUCUCAAUUCCCCCAGUUUCACCACCAUCGCCUCCAUUGCCGCCGCCUAGCGUUAGUCCUUCCCCGUCACACUCCAGAGGACUCAGAAGGGGUUUGCUGGCCUAUGCAAUAGUUGGAUCAGUUGGAGGAUUUGCAGGGAUUUGUGCGGCAAUUUAUUGUUUAUGGGCAGGUGUUUGUUUUGGGAAGAAGAAGAUCCAUAACUCAGUGCAGCCAACAAUCACUCCUAAUAAUGUGGCUACUCAGCAAUCCAGAAGUAACUCAUCUUCACGAUCCUCACGAUCAUCCACCCUUAGACGCCAAGCAUCCAUUCUCAUGAGGCGCCAGCGAAGUGGGACAUCUACCAAACACCCUGACAAGGCUGAGGAAUUUUUAUUCUCGGAUCUUGCAGCGGCAACCAAUAAUUUCUCAUUGGAGAACAAGAUAGGUUCUGGGAGUUUUGGAGUUAUUUACCGUGGGAAACUACCCGAUGGCCGUGAAGUAGCUAUUAAGAGGAGUGAGUCACUUCUUAAGAUGAAGAAAUUUCAGGAGAAAGAGAGUGCAUUCGAGUCGGAACUGACAUUCCUAUCAAGACUGCAUCACAAGCAUUUGGUUAGGCUGGUUGGUUACUGUGUUGAGCAAGAUGAGAGGCUGUUGGUUUAUGAGUACAUGAAGAAUCGUGCACUUUAUGAUCAUUUACAUGACAAGAACAAUGUGGAAAAGAGUUGCAGUGUGAUAAACUCAUGGAGAAUUCGGAUAAAGAUCUCGCUAGAUGCAGCUCGUGGCAUUGAGUAUCUACACAACUAUGCAGUCCCCUCUAUAAUCCAUCGCGACAUCAAGUCUUCGAACAUACUGCUCGACGCGAAUUGGACUGCAAGAGUGUCCGACUUUGGAUUAUCACUAAUGGGACCUGAGAAUGAGAGUGAUUUCCGCCCAAUGAAGGCAGCCGGCACAAUUGGCUACAUUGAUCCAGAAUACUAUGGACUGAAUGUCCUGACAGCAAAGAGUGAUGUCUACGGUCUUGGAGUAGUGCUGCUGGAGCUUCUAACUGGGAAGAGGGCUAUAUUCAAAACAGAUAGUGAAGGUGAACCGAUCAGCCUAGUGGACUAUGCAGUGCCAGCAAUUAUGGCUGGAGAAUUGAACAAGAUUCUAGACCCGCGGGUUGGUUUGCCUGAGGGGAGUGAAUCCGAAGCAGUAGAAUUGGUAGCGUACACGGCGAUGCAUUGCGUGCAUUUGGAAGGGAAAGAUAGGCCUACGAUGACGGACAUUGUAGGUAACCUGGAGAGAGCAUUGUCUGCAUGUGGAGAUAGCCAUGGCAGCAUCUCCAGUGGUAGAAACUCCAUUGUUUCAGAGGCUGAAGUGAGGUAAAGAUGAAAUAAGAUUCAUAGUUAUAUAUAUUUUUUGCUGUCAAGUUCAUUCGGCCAUUUCUAAGUUUGCUUGGUUUAGGUGAGUAAAUUGGUAGAGUAUGAAUUGUUUGUCCUAACAAGCUGAAGCUGAAGCUUUUGGGUUGGGACGUUGGUACAUAAUUGUUAGGUAGGUUUUGUUAGGUUUGACUUGUUUCUGGAAACAAGAAGAAGAAGAAGAAGAACAAGUUUUGGAAUUCAUUUCUCACUUGAAUAGAAUAGUAUUUAGGCCUUUGAUGAUCAAAUAA